ACUAACUUCGUGUUUACUCCGACCUCCGGCCGUCGUUAACAUUAUCCGUGCUAGCAGAGGGGAGGCUAACGUUACUACGCCCAGCACAAGUUGAAGUCAUCGCAGAAGGACAAGGUUCGGCAGUUCAUGUCCUUCACGCAGGCCGGGGAGAGGACAGCCGUGUACUGCCUGACGCAGAAUGACUGGAAACUAGAAGUCGCAACAGACAACUACUUCCAAAACCCAGACCUCUACUACAAAGAAUCCAUGAAAACCUCAGUGGAUCGCAAGAAGCUGGAGCAGCUCUACAACAGAUACAAAGACCCCCAGGAUGAGAAUAAGAUAGGCAUUGAUGGGAUCCAGCAAUUCUGUGAUGACCUGACCCUGGACCCAGCUAGCAUGAGCAUACUUGUGGUGGCGUGGAAGUUCAGGGCGGCCACACAGUGCGAGUUCAGCAGAAAGGAGUUCCUGGAUGGCAUGUCUGAACUAGGCUGUGACAGUCCUGAAAAACUCAAGGCAAUCCUUCCCAGACUAGAGCAGGAGCUGAAAGACACAGGGAAGUUCAAAGACUUCUACCAGUUUACCUUCAAUUUUGCCAAGAACCCUGGCCAGAAAGGUUUAGACCUAGAGAUGGCUGUGGCUUACUGGAAUCUAGUUCUCACAGGGCGCUUCAAGUUCUUGGAUCUCUGGAACAGGUUCCUGCUGGAGCAUCACAAGCGGUCAAUUCCCAAGGACACAUGGAACCUCCUCUUGGACUUUGGCAACAUGAUUGCAGACGACAUGUCCAACUAUGACGAGGAAGGGGCAUGGCCUGUCCUCAUAGAUGACUUUGUGGAGUUUGCCCGGCCGAUUGUGACGGGGAGUAAACGCAACAUGACAUAGUGUUUGUCCCAGCUUCAUGCAGCGGAUGGAGUUUGUUUCUCUUCCAAUUUUCUUUCUUUUUUUUUUUUUUUUUUGAAUGAGAAUUUUUAUACAAAUGAGCCAAAAAGAGACUACUUCUCAAUAAGCCUGUCUGCAGCUUGUUGUUAAGAUUCUUCUUCCAACUGCAUAAGAUGCCUUGGUUGGGCAGUGACCUGGAAAACCAGCUCAAAGAGGAAAGCAGGAGGGAAAUCAACAGGAGAGAGAUGAUGAUGAUUUUUGUUGUUUUUUUUUUUGCUGGCAAAGACAGACUUUGUAAUUGCAAUAUGAAAAAUAAUGGGUACCCUAAAACUCAUGGGCAAAUCACCAAUGGGUGUGGCUUUGAACUGCUGCUGUGGACUUGGCUCACUAACCUGCACUCUUGGCACAAUGAGGAGUGACAGUAAGAGUGAGCUUUCAGCACAUGCAGAGGAUUAAGUUAUAGAUGCAGUAGGAUGUGGCCUCUUUGUCAAUUGUGAAUGGAACCGUGGGUUGAAAUCUGCAUGUUUUUUGUCAGCUGGGUGUGAAGCAGUGCCAUGGAUUCUGAGGAGGAAAAAAAAGUAAUCUACAUUAUUUUCACCUAGAUUGCGAAUGUGUAGCUCUCUAACAAUCAUUGAGAGUGGAGAAAAUGCGUGCUUGCUUGUUAUUGUAUGUUUGUAUGAGAGUGAGUGUGCGUGUGUUUUGG